AUGAAAGGCUUUAUUGAUCCAUAUUUUCUCACUACUACUUCCGAACUGUGGAAACUUAGUUCUUUCAUUGAAACGCGUUCUGGACCAGGUUUCAUAAAAAGUGACUGCCUUUAUUUCUACAAAGAAGGACUACAAAAUAUUUGUAAGUCAUCGGAGUUUGACGAUGAGCAGAAGACUAUGGCGUUGAAGCUAAUUGAAAAAUAUAAUGUGGACAAAAAGGAGUGUGCAGAAUUGCUAAAAACUCAUGAGAACCAAGUCACAGCCCAUUCGAUUAGGUCGGGUAUCCUUGAGAACAGACUUAAAUUAUUGGCUAACACCGCAAGGUCUGCAAAUUCCACGAUUUACACGAUGUUCACUCAAGCUGACGUAUCUGUUAGUGGACAUAAAGUACAAGAAAAACAGAUAACGACGGGCUAUGAUUUAUUAACAACUGAUCCAAACCCUGAAUCAUCACAAGGAAUUAAACGUGACCUUGAUAAUGAGGUGGAUGAAGAGGAGUAUGACGCAAAACGAACAAUUAUUGGUGGCAAAAGUACUAGUUGGAUAGUGAAUGGGAUUAACAUCCGUCAAAGACUCACAGAGUAUCAGGAAACAGGUCUUCCAAAAACAAGACCAGAAUAUUAUGACGUAAUAUUGUUCACUGACAAAAAUCAAGAUGGGUUUUUGGGGACACUGGAGGAAAACAUCGUUAUACAGAUGCGUAAGGAAAUAGAGAGAAAGGAUGAUAACACCGAAGAUAAUAUCGAAAAAAAAAUAAAGUCAUUUCUGAAUAAUAUUAUUACUCGCGACAUAAAGGAAACUAAGAAAAAUCUUAAAUUACAAAAGAACGAUACGUUUGAGGAGGAUUUUGCAAUAUUUUUUGUGAACCACAUGAUCGAGCUUAUUGAAGACGUAAAUGUACUUCUCAAGGAUAUGUCUGAAGGGACAUUCAUUGCAAUGGUUCUGGCACCAAUCCUUAAUCGACUUUUCAUAAAAAACAAGAAGGUUUGGUUCACAAAGUAUGGGGAAACAUGUCUUAGAGCGAGCGCUGAAGAACAAAAUUCCCAGAAAACAGAUGAUGAGCGACGCUCACCUGGUGAGAAGAUUGAUACAAUUAUCGCAUCGAGAAAUGAUGAUGAAGAAUUCUCUGUCACGGAAGUAAGCGGUCCCCCAUCGAAAAAAGAUUGGUCUCAUUUUAUCGGAGAUCGGCUAAAAAUAAUUAAAAUGUCAAAAACAUUGAUGAAUCGGUUUGCGAGACUUCGUCCAAACUCUGAUAUUAGAACGUUCAUAGUAUAUCAAGUUAUUCUAUAUGAAUUUCGACUCAAGUUCUCGGAAAUAUACACCGUAAAAGAAUUAUUGAGAUUUUCAAUCCUGAAAACCUGGAAAGACAUGAGGAAUUCACACGAAGCUAUAAUCGGAUUCUUAAAAUAUGAGCAUCUGUUAUCUGAAAGUUCAAGUACAAUAGAAGAUUUUUUGUGGAUAGAAGAUAAUAGCAAUGAAGAGUUUCAGGGAAUGACAACACGAACAGUUUAUACUUCUAAAUGUAUGAAACAUGAAAAGAAACCACGAAUAAUCUAA